AUGAAAUCUGAUUAAUGGUCAACAAAGCCUUUCAUUAAAUCAUACAAUUUGAGAUUAAUAAAAACUGACUUUUAAUUUAGAAUUGAUGCAAUAAGCUUUUAUAAUUAUAAUUAAUUUUCGACUAAUUGUUUAAAGAAUUUAAUAUNGAAAUAUAAAAUGGAUUCAAAAAAACUUAGUAAAAUUAUUGAACUGAUUUCUCUAUCUAUCGCAAUAAGAAUAAAAAAUAAUAUAGACAUCAAAAUGAUUACCAGUGUUAACUUGUCUAAUGAAAACUGA